AUGGAACUUUUUCAAAAAUUAGCCAAAUCAUUGAGUGAUAUCACCGAAGAAGAUGUUCAUUUCAUGGGAUAUUGUUCAUCAAAAUUACCAGUAUAUUCAAAUUUAAUUUUACCAUCACGAUUGUAUAAAUCUUGGAAAAGUAUGAUCGAUUACAAUUUAUCACAACAGCGAUCUAUUCAUCUGAGGCAAUUUCAUAACUAUGAUACAACAUAUUUAUUGCUUAAUUUAUGGCAUGAAAGAAGUGGAACAGGUUAUAAAGUAAAUCAGAUAAACUGUAAUUUGGAAUAUUCCUUAUCAAUGCAUGGACAAAAUGGAAAUGAUAUAAUGAAUAAUAAUAGUAGUAAUAGUACUAAUAUUAAUAGUAACACUGUCGAUAAUAAUGAUAGCAAUAUUAUCGAAGGAAUCGAUGAAACUACUGGAAUGACAUGUUUCAUACCACAAACAGCGAUUAGGAUUUUCAUUUCACCGCAAAACGAAGAGUGUUUAACGUCCAGUCCAUUACCAUUGGAAGAACAUCAGGAAGAUUCCGGAAUAGAGAAUAAUUGUCGAAGUAGCUCAAUUGACGAUCAUUCACCAGCUGCAUCUGUUGAUUUUUAUCCAUCAAUUGAAUUAAAUCAGUUGAAUACCAGGAAUUCAUUUGCCUCAUCAUUAUCACCAUCACCGCCAAAUCAUCAACAGUAUUGUUAUCAACAUUUUGAAUUAUCAUCACCAUCAAUCCUAUCUUCAUCGAUACUUGAUCAUACUACAGUUGCUACAGAAGAUAGUUAUUUAACCCCUUCGACUAGUAAAUUACUUCGUACAAAUACAAUUACAAAAGCUGAUUUACCUGAACAGGUCAACAGUUUUACUUCUAAAAAUCAUUGGUUUUAUAAAAAGUUAUAUUAA